AUGGCUAAGUUGUUGUGUUCCCGGUUGGCAGUGGUGCUUCCUUAUAUCAUUCAAUCUAAUCAAGGUGCGUUUGUUCGUGGUAGAUCUAUAGCUCACAAUAUCAUGAUUUUUCAAGAGUUAAUUAAAAAUUAUGGUAGAGCUAAUACCUCUCCUCGUUGUGCGAUUAAAAUUGACCUUAGCAAGGCGUAUGAUAUGGUUGAUUGGCAUUUUUUGGAAAAUCUUUUGAAGGCCUACUGUUUUCCAUCAAAUUUUAUUGGCUGGGUUAUGAAGUGUAUCAGAAGUACUUAUUACUCUCUACUGAUUAAUGGUCGGGUCCAAUGCAAUUUCAAGGGGGGUAAAGAUGAUGUGAUCCUGUUUUGCGAAGGCUCUGUUUCGGCUGUGACUAUUCUUAAGGCCUCUCUUAGGAAGUUUAGUGAAGCAUCUGGUCUGUCUAUUAAUUCUAAGAAGUCUCAAAUUUAUUUUGGAGGGGUUAUUGCAGCUGUUAGGACUGAGAUAUUGCAGGUGCUUCAACUUCCAGCAGGGUCUUUCCCUCUGCAUUACCUUGGGGUGCCUUUGAGGCCUACUAAAUGGAAGCACGUGGAUUGUGAAAUUAUUCUCCAAAAGAUGAGAACAAAACUGUUUUCCUGGUCAAGUAAGCAAUUGUCUUAUGCUGGCCGAUUACUUCUCAUACAAACUGUUCUGUUUGGAUUGAGAAACUACUGGAUGUCUGUGUUUAUUUUACCUCAAAGCAUCAUCAAGGAAAUUGAGAAGUUGUGCAGACAGUUUCUUUGGAGAGCCUCGGGAACUCGAAGUAAGUUACAUUUAGCUUAUUGGCAUCAAGUUUGCUUGCCUAAGGCGUAUGGUGGUCUUGGUCUAAGGGAUGGAGCAAGCUGGAAUAGGGCUCUUCUUGCCAGGUAUGUAUGGGCUGUCUCUACUAAACAAGACUCUCUUUGGGUAAAGUGGAUCCAACAUAUUUACCUAAAGGGGGCUAACUUUUGGGAUUAUGUUUUGAAGCAAGACAGUAGCUGGUAUUGGCGCAAGCUUUGUCAUCUUAGAAAAAGAUUCAAUGAGGGAGAGGUCUUGGCUGCUGGUAUAUCUGGGAUUUUCAGGCCUUCAAAGCUGUAUAACAGCUCCCUAAAUCAACAAAUUGUGGACUAUAAGAAUGCGGUCUGGUGUCGCACUAUUCUCCCCAAGCACAUGUUUCUUUUAUGGAUGGUAGUUAACUCAUUCCUCCUAACUAGAGACAACUUGGCCAAGUGCACCAUUCCUCUAGACAGCCCGCUCUGCCCAGUUUGUGAAGAUCAGUGGGAGAGUCAUCACCACCUGUUCUUUGACUGUUGUUUAUCAAAGAGAAUUCUGACUCGCAUCUUUUCUUGGCUUGGUUAUCAUGCUUGGGCUUCCAGUUUCUCGGAAUGGACUAUGGGGCUCAAUCUUAGUCUUAAUAACAGUAUGAGCUUGAUUAUUAAUAUGGUUCUUGCAGCUUUGGUUUAUCAAAUUUGGAGGAAUAGGAAUAGAUGCAUUUAUGAUGGUUACUCUUUAACAGCCAACUGUAUAGCUAAAGAUGUAAUUACCUUAGUCCAAUACAGAUUAUACAGUGUUCAUAGUAGGAAAGCUCUUCCUCAUCUUAAGCUUUUCUUAAGGAAACUUUCUUGUAUGUAA